AUGGAUGCCAGUUUAAUGGCCAACGAAGUGGCGCUCGACAGCGACUCACAGCUUCUCAAGAGCAGAGAUGAAGAAUCAGAAGGAGGUGGUCUACUUUCCUUUACUUCUGAAGUGCAGGGCGGACCGGAGCAGUUUAAUUUCCAUCAUUCGUUUGGGUUCAUGACUGGACGAAGACUUCAACGACGGUACCGAGGAGUGUACCGAAAGUACUCCUUCGUGACGCAACUGGUCACGUGGAUCGUUAUUCUUUACAUUGUUGUAGUACUCGCAGCUCUGGCAGCCGAUCAAACAACCGAUAGCAGGAACCAGACGUCGCUUUCGGAUAGCGUUUUUUAUUCUGUAUUGAUUGCAAUCGGCUUGUACUUUCUCGUCCAACUUGCGCUAAUUGUGCGGUGGAUCAUUUACUGGAUCAUUCUAGCUGAACUGCUGACCUAUGCAAUCACCGACAACUUCUACUUGUUGUUCUGGAUCAAUGAGGAUCCUGUGACGGACACGGAUCGACAAGUGCGUCAAGUUAUGACCAUUGUUCUUAUUGUAGUCGAGGUUGUCACGGUACUCGCGUAUGGCUUCACGCAUUAUGCAUAUCCAUGGAUUGUGCUUCGUCAGAAGUUCGAUCUCCAGGACUGGUGGAACGUUCAGUCCGGCGUCGAGGCAAACACGUUGACAUACCGCUCUAAGGCACGCUUUUACACCCGGGAGCGUCACGUGAUAAAGUAUUGUGGAGGGCUCAAUGCACAGGGUCAGCCGCACGGAUAUGGAAUGUGGACCGACACGGGAUAUCACGGCGAGAAAUUGACUGGGCAAUGGGAGAAUGGUGUCCCUAUUGGCCCUUUCCGUAGUUUCGAGCACGGAAGUGGCUACUCAUUUGUAAACAUUCGGAUCGGUUUCUGCCACAACCGAGCUGAGAAGAGACCUACAGAUAUUUUCUUUAUCCCGAAGCACUCGGAGAGCGGUCUGAAUUGGGGUGUGGCAAGCGUCGAGUGCUCUGUGUCGGGUGGAUUCUUCAAAUACUUGCCCACAGUGACGCACUUGACGCAAUCAUAUGUGGACGACGCUCCGCAGAGUGCGGCAGACUGUCUUCGUGUACUACGAACCCCGACAGAUGAUGUGGUAUUUAGUCACGCUGGUGAAGAAGCGUCGCUGCAAGGGCAGUCACAUAGGGAUCGAGUUACAAGAAUGCAUCUGUUUCGAGAAGAGUCUGCGCCUGUACUUGAACCUCUUCGUAGCAACAACGACGAUAGUGACAAAGAAGCACUUGUUUUGCUUCACGGCUACAACUGCUCUCUGGACUAUAGCAUGAACCGUCUAGCGCAGCUUCUAGCGCUUGGCGACUUUCCGCCAUGUAUCCAUCCCUUUGUGUUCAGCUGGCCCAGCGGAGGUGUGCUGGCUUAUUUCCAGGCGAAGAACGUUGGCAGCGAAAGUGAACGCACAUCCGACGACUUUAUUUCGUUUAUGAAGAGCCUGAUUGCAGACGGCUAUACAAAGCUGAACGUCAUCGCACACUCGAUGGGAGCGCGUGUUUUCUUUGGCUCCCUCAACAGAGAUCGAUUCCACGAGGUUUUUCUGGCUGCUGGAACCGUUGCUAACACAAGUAAUUCUACAAGGAAGAUGGAGCUCUCGACCCUUAUAUUGUGCAAUCCAGAUUAUGACCGCAGCGACUUCGUGCAAUACGGUGGUGGGUACGACCGAACGCGUCACUUUUGCAGCCACAUUACACUGUAUGCCGACAGUUUGGAUGGUGCCCUGUUCUACUUGGAGUAUUUGACAAAGACCUCGAUCAUUGGGCCGAUCAAUUACUCCUUAGGUCGGCGUGGGCAUAUGAUUCAUCGCGACCCGGAUGCAAACGAAACUGUUGAACGAUCGGAUACGCAGUUCCUGGACUGGCAGGACAAAAAUUUGGCUGCGCCACAAGAUCUGGACUUUGCUUUCGCUGCUGUCAAUCAACGUGCGGGCUAUCCUGGCGUUACUUCAUUCGCGUACAACCGUAAGCUGACCGACCAGACUAGUGACACGUGCGUACCCUACGGCACAACACGAGACGGUUCGGGUGAAGAAAUAGCGCCACUUCACUACCUGGACAUGGAUGUGAUCGACACUACUUGGAUGGACAAUAACGUGCAUGCGAUUCGACACAACUACUUCAAUCUCAACCCGACUAUCGUCGAUGAUCUCCGCCAUUUGGUCCUUACGAAGAAACGUGCAAAGUUUCGUCCCGGUCUGCUGAAGACAUCAUCAGCUGAGAAUGUGUACAUCUUCCUUGUUGCACCGUCACAUGUCAAGAACAAGUAA